AUGGGGCUGGCCUUGCUCACAGGCCUCCAUGCUGUAGCACCAACUGGCCAGGAAUUCAUCACAGCCUUCAUGCAGAAUUACCAGUUAGACUAUUCUGAGGCUGAAUUUCAGCUUUUCAUCUCUGGCAACUUACCCACCACUACUGUUAAUGUCUUAGUCUAUAAAUCCAAAUUCCAGCUUCAGUUCUCUCUUUCUCCAAGACAGACCAUGUUAGUGAAGAUCCCUGCUUUUGCAGAAAUGGUUGGCACCAUUAAAUUCUGCCACACUGUCUUGGUGACAGCCAAUCAAUAUAUCUCUGUGUUAGCCUUGAGCUCAAAGAAAAAUUCAGCUGACACCACAGUUGUCUAUCCUAUCCAGAGUCUAGGAGUGGAGUACUAUGUUCUCACACCCUUGGGGAAAAUGUCCAAAACGUACAAGGAGUUCUCUGUCAUUGCAUGCCAUAGUCGCACUAAGGUAGAGAUCCAUCUCAAAGGAAGCGUGAGAUUCCAAGAACGCAUUUAUCCUGCAGGCAGCAAGCUGCAUGUUAUCCUUCUACCCUAUGAAGCCAUCCAGCUUCAGAGCCACCAAGAUCUCUCUGGCACACUUGUCAGAGCCACACACCCAGUAGCAGUGCUAAGUGGGCACAGCUGUGCCCAAACAAACACCAACUGUAAUCAUGUGGUAGAACAACUGCUACCAGUGCCAAGCUGGGGCCGAUCCUUCUUUAUCCUUCCCUUUUCCUUCCAAACUCAAUACGAUAUUGCAUAUAUAAUAACCUCCCAGAUGACCACAAUCACCUAUGUCUCUGGUAGGAUCCAUAAAAAUUUUGACCUCAAGUCUGGACAGAUACUUCAGCUGAAAGUCACACAAAGAAGCCCGAUCUACAUCACAGCCAAUGUUGGCAUCCAGGUCUUCUUUUUCUGCACUGGUGGUACCCAUUCUGGUCACACAUAUGACCCCUUCUUUUUGACCAUCCCUGAUAUUCUCAGCUAUUGCACAUCCUACUCUUUUCAGAGCCAGAUGGGCUUUGAGAAUUAUGCACUCAUCGUUGCUAAGACUGCUGCUGCUGAAGUUCAACCUGUUUCCAAGGCUUCCUGCAGUUCCACACAAUGCCGGAAGAAAGAGACUUGCCAAAUACAAAAUGGCCAGACGGUCUGUGUGCCUCAAUCUACUGCCACUUGCUGGGCUCUGGGUGACCCACAUUACCGGACGUUUGACAUGAGGAAAUAUAACUUCAUGGGUACCUGCACCUAUACCAUAGCCAAGACCUGUGGACCAGACACAACUCUCCCAGCCUUCCACAUCACCAUCAAAAAUGAGAAUCGGGGCAAGAAGAGCGUGUCCUACGUUGGACUGGUGAUGAUCCAGGUCUACCGAUAUGACAUAGUGGUAGCCAGAAAGGAGUAUGGGUUUGUCAGGGUGAAUAACCAGCGCUUCCGACUGCCUGUCUCUCUAAUCAAGGAAAAAUUAUGGCUCUUCCAAAGUGGGACCUCUGUCAAUAUUGAGACAGACUUUUCACUGAGGGUGUCCUACGACUGGAACAGCCGCUUUGUAGUGAAGAUCUCCAGCAGUUUCUUCGAGAAUGUUUGUGGCCUGUGUGGUAACUAUAAUGGAAAACCUGCUGAUGACUUCAGGACCCCCAGUGGAUCCUUGGCCCCAGGUCCUGUGGAAUUUGGGCAGAGUUGGAAAGUGGAGGAUGGAGACCCAUUGUGCUGGAGUGACUGUCAUGGAAAAUGUAAGAAUAUCCCCAGGGAAAAGCUCAUUAAAUACAGAGGCGAAACAUUUUGUGGCUGGAUCAGCAAAAAAAAGGGGGGACCAUUCAGCAAUUGCCAUUCUUUGGUUGAUCCUGAGGUCUUUGUGGAGAAUUGUGCCUAUGACCUCUUCAUCUAUGAAGGCCAUAGAGAUGCUUUGUGCCAAGCACUGAAGAGCUAUGUCGAUGCCUGCCAGCAAGAAGGUGGAGCUGUAUUUGACUGGAGGAGCCUCACCGGAUGUCCUUUAUCCUGCCCUGAGAACAGCCUCUAUAAAGUCUGUGGGCCACCCUGUCCUGCCACGUGCAGUAAUCAGCCUCUUCCAUCCAACUGUUCUUCUUCGCAAUGUGUGGAGUCUUGCCAGUGUAAGGAUGGCUUUGUGAUGGAUGGCGGGAAAUGCAUCCCACGAGCUGCCUGUGGCUGCCUCUUUGAGGGCCGUCUCUUGGCUCCCAAUGAGCAGUUCUGGGGAGACAGCACAUGCACGAAGCGCUGCACCUGCGAUCUGCAGACCAAGAGUGUGAAAUGCCAGGCCACCCGGUGCAGGCAGGAAGAGCAAUGUCAGGUGAAGAAUGGCAUCCAGAACUGCUAUCCAGUGAGUUAUGGGAUGUGUUCUGCCAUUGGCCACUCCCAUUAUCACAGCUUCGAUGGGCGCAGUUUUAACUUCCAGGGCACCUGUCUGUACACGUUUGCUGGGCUGAGUAAGAAGAGCCAAGAUGUGGUUGAUUUCCAGAUUUUGGUUCAGAACUCACAUCAUGGGGGCUGGCCCAGAACCCCUAAAAGGGUGGUCAAGGUCGAACUCUACAGCCUGCAGAUAAUUGUCAGCUGGGCUUAUCGGGGCCGAAUUAUGAUUAAUGGCCAGCUGACCAACCUGCCCUACAAGGUGGGCCCAGAUCAAAUUAUCAUCUACCAAAAGGGCUGUGACACUGUGAUCCAGGCAGAUUUUGGCCUCAUGGUCACCUUCAACGGUCAGAGUCAUCUCACGGUCACUGUGCCAUCAACUUACCGAGGUGCUCUGAGUGGACUCUGUGGCAACUUCAAUGGAGAUAAGCAAGAUGACAUGGCAUUGAUUAGCGGUGGGCAAGCCACCAACCUUGGCCAACUCUGGAAGGUGGCUGAGUUCACUGGCUGUGGAGAAGUAAGCCCAAAGGUGUGUCCAGACUUGCAGAGUGUGGGCCAACAUCAAAGAGGCAUUAGCACGGAAUGUGGACUCCUUGUGGACAAGCAUGGCCCAUUUAGGGAAUGCCAUGGCAAAAUCAAUCCAGAGGUGUUUUUCCUUGACUGUGUGUAUGACUACUGCACAUCCAACAGUCAAACAUCUGUACUGGGCUACAUCAUCGCUGCUUAUGCAUCUGCCUGCCAAGCUGUGAGAGUGACCAUAUAUAUUUGGAGGAUCCAUAUAGCCUGGAAACUUGUAUGCCCAUCAAACAGCCACUACGAGCUCUGUUCCAGAAGCUGUCAACAGACAUGUGACAGUGUCUAUUCUGCUCUGCCUUGCUCCACUUACUGCACAGAAGGGUGUGUCUGCAAUGAAGGCUUUGUGCUCAGUGGCGACCGUUGUGUCCCUCUGCAUCAGUGUGGCUGCUCAUACCAGGACCACUAUUAUCUAAGUGGGCAGAUCUUCUACCCAACCAAUAACUGCAAUAUGGAGUGUAUGUGCCAAGCUGGUGGAGCUGUUACCUGCCAUGAAUUCUCCUGUGGGCCCAAUGAAGAAUGCAAGACAGUGGAUGGAUUCCAAAAAUGCCACCCAAUUAGUUCAGCCACUUGCUCAGGUUCUGGUGAUCUUCAUUAUUUCUCGUUUGAUGGAGUCCACUUUGACUUCCAAGGCAACUGCUCGUACGUCCUGGCUCAGACUACUGUUGAAAGCAAGAGUAAUCUGGCUCCCUUUACUGUCACAGUGGAAAAUGAGGCCUGGGGGACUAGAAAAGUCUUGGUCAUUAAGCAAGUAUCUGUGGAAGUCUAUGGCUUCAAGCUAACUCUGCUGCAGAAGAAGGAAGGACAGGUCCAGGUGAAUGGGGUAUUCUGGUCCCUCCCCAUAGACCUUUCUGGAGGACAUCUCAGAGCCUAUCAACAUGGCACUAAGGUCCUGAUAAAAACCAGCUUUGGCCUUGUUGUGAGCUAUGAUCUGGUUUAUCAUGUGAGAAUUACUGUCCCGAGCAGUUAUCAGAAGCAGAUGCAAGGUCUGUGUGGGAACUACAAUGGGCUGAAGGAUGACGAGUUCAUACUUCCCAGUGGGAAGAAAACUUCUGAUGUGGCUGCAUUCGGUGCUUCCUGGAAGGUCCCAGUCCUUGGGGCAGUGGGACCCUGUUCAGGUGGAUGCUCUGGGAAAAACUGUCCAAACUGUAGUGAAGAAAAGAAGAAUAUUUUCAAACAAUACAACUACUGUGGGAUCCUCACUGCCUCGGAUGGCCCCUUUCAGGCUUGCCACAGCAAGGUGGACCCCAGUGUGUUUUUCAAUGACUGCAUCUAUGAUUUGUGCCAAAGCAAUGGAGACAGCCAGGCCUUGUGCCCAACCAUUCAGAGCUAUGUGUCUGCUUGCCAAGAAACCAAGGUCCUUAUCCAGCCAUGGAGAAGUCCAUCUUUCUGCCCUCUGAGCUGCCCUCCCAACAGCCACUAUGAGGAGUGUGCCGAUCUUUGUUCUGAUGACUGCUCUGGGCUCAUCAGCCCCAGAACAUGUCCUGAAACCUGUGCAGAGGGGUGCCAGUGUGAUCUUGGAUACUUCUUUGAAGGGCUUGGCUGCGUCUCAGUGGAGAGCUGUGGAUGCUUUGGAAACGGAAGCUAUUAUAGGCCCAACGAGCAGGUCCUGCUGAAUGAAUGCCAACAAAUCUGCGAAUGCACCCCUGGACAGGGACUCAUUUGCAAGUCUUACCACUGUUCUUCUGAUGAAGACUGCAGGGUCCAGGAUGGGAUCAUGCGCUGUAUCAAUAAAGAUCCUUGCAAGAUGUUACAGUGUCGGAUCAAAGAAGUCUGUAAGCUAGAAAAUGGCAAAGCCUCAUGCGUCCCAACUUACAAUGAGACCUGCUUUGGCUGGGGAGAUCCACACUAUCACACCUUCGAUGGGUUGAAUGUGAACUUCCAAGGCACUUGCACCUACACUUUUGCCAAGUAUUGUGGCAAUGACCCCACACUGGUCCCAUUUGUUGUGGAUGAGAAGAAUGAAAACCGGGGCAGCCAGGCUGUUUCCUUUGUGAGAUUGACCAAUAUCUAUGUGUACGGAUACAACAUCUCCAUCCGCAGGAAGGAGUUAGGCAAAAUCUGGCUGAAUGGUGUCAUCACAAACCUGCCUGUGACCCUGGAAGAUGGGAAAAUCCAGCUUUUCCAGAGUGGUUUGAAUGCUGUUCUGCAAACUGACUUUGGGCUGGUUGUAUCUUUUGACUGGAGUUCCAUCUUAGCGAUCACCCUGUCCAGCAGCUACUACGGUUCUCUCUGUGGCCUCUGUGGAAAUUUCAACCAAAACCCAAAUGAUGACAUGGUGACAGCUGCAGGGGACAAGGCUAAUUCUGUGGUGAAGUGGGCCGCAAGCUGGCAAGUGAAGGACCGCGAUCCGUUCUGCUGGCACCACUGCAAAGGCACCUGCCCGACGUGUGAGGAGAGCAAACGGCAGCUCUUUGGAAGUGAUGAAUUCUGUGGGCUCAUCACCAAGUUGGAUGAGGGUCCCUUCUGUAAAUGCCACCCCAGGUUAAGCCCUGACAACUUUUUUGACAGCUGUAUUUAUGACGUCUGUCUCAACGGGGGUGCCAAGAGCAUCUUGUGCCAAGCUCUAGAGGCUUAUGCAAGUGACUGCCGCAAGGAGGGUGCGAUCAUUGCAGACUGGAGAGCGCAGAGCGGUUGUGCUCUGCCCUGUCCUGAGAAUAGCCACUAUGAGGCCUGUGGAAGCGCCUGCCCAAACAGCUGCUCUGACCGAUUGGCUUCCUUAUCUUGUGAGAAGCCCUGUGUGGAAACCUGCCAGUGCAAUGAAGGCUACGUGCUCAGUGUAGAUACAUGCGUCCCCGUGGGGAGUUGUGGCUGUACCUACAAUGGCUUGUACUACAAACCGGAGCAGGGAUUCUGGGAUGACGAGAGCUGCACCUCUCGCUGCAAGUGUGACCCCAGGAUGGGCAUAGUGGUAUGCAAGCCAGCCAGCUGCAAGGCUAGUGAAAGAUGCAGAGUAGUCAACGGCAUCCAAGGAUGUCAUGCUAUCAGCUCUGCCACCUGCACAGUAAUGGGGAAUCAUCACUAUGCCACUUUCUUUGGGCAGAGAUAUGACUUUACUGGCACUUGCGUCUACCAGCUGGUUGGCUUCUGCACCAAAGAUCCUACUCUCUCUCCAUUCAUCAUGAAGAUCCAGAACAGCCAAGGCAGGAAGACAUUGCCAUUCUCUUCUGUCCUUAUCUUGGAAGUCUAUAAUAUGACCAUUACAAUCAGCCAGGAGCAUCCUUACGUAAUCCAGGUUGAUGGAGUAUUAGUAGACUUGCCCUUCUACUACGAAGACAAGAUCAAGGCCUACCUUAGUGGAAAUCACGUCCUUAUAAAGACUCAAUUUGAUCUUUCCAUGAUCUUCAGCUGGAAUAGACUAGUUCAUGUCACUGUUCCUGGCAGCUAUCUCAAUGCAAUUUGUGGUCUCUGUGGCAAUGGCAAUCAAAAACCUGGCAGAGAUCUGACCAUGAAGAACGGGAAGCAAACAACCAAUUUUAUCCAGUUUGCUGACAGCUGGAAAGAAGGGGAGAUUCUUGGUUGUGUGAAUGGGUGUACCAGCAACUGCCCAAGCUGUAGUGAAAACAUGAAACAGAUCUACAAGAAUGACCGCUACUGUGGGAUCCUCUCCAGAAAAGAUGGACCAUUCAGGCAUUGCCACACAGCUAUUGACCCGGCUCCUUACCUUGAUUCUUGUGUCUCUGAUGCCUGUCUGUUCAAAGGCCACCAGGGCAUCCUGUGCACUGCCAUUGCUGCCUACGUAACAGUGUGCCAGGGACAGGGCAUCCAGAUUGACGAAUGGCGGUUGGCCUCCUUUUGCAGCCUUUCCUGCCCUCGCAAUUCUCACUACGAACUCUGUGGAAAUGGCUGCCCUGUUACUUGUCAUGGCCUCUCAGCUCCCGAUGAAUGCGAGAGAUCCUGCAAAGAAGGCUGUUACUGCAACGUGGGGUUGGUCCUGAGUGGAGAUCAGUGUGUUCCGAUAGGGGACUGUGGUUGUCUGUACCAGGGCAGGUACUAUAAAAAGGGUGAUGAAUUUUACCCCAGUGCCUCUUGCCAAGACAAAUGUCGCUGUGGAGAAAAUGGUGCCGUGGAAUGUCGGAAGGUCUUCUGUGGGGCUCAACAGCAAUGCAGCAUUGAGAACGGGAAGCAAGGUUGCCACCCUCUUGGCUGUGGCAAAUGCAGUGUGACUGGUGGAAGUCACUAUCUCACUUUGGAUGGAAGGACCUUCAGCUUCCUGGGGUCCUGUUCUUACACGUUGGUCGAAGUCUGUGGCAGGGAUCGCGACCUUGUCCAGUUCUCUGUGGUGGUGGAGAACGAGGGCUCUGGGGAAGGCAAGGCUGUGCCAAAGACGACCGUCAUCGCUGUUCGAGGUUACGUCAUCAGACUUGUGAGAGGAAUGACUUGGCAAGUUCUGGUAGAUGGAGAGGCCUAUACCCUUCCACUUGAGUUAAAGAGAAGAGCAAUUUUAAUCAAUCAAGAGGGGAAGAAUAUUGUGCUCCAGACCGACUUUGGUCUCAGAGUUCUCUAUGAUUCUUCCCAUUACAUCCUCGUGCUCAUCCCGAGCACAUACCAAGGACAGGUGUGUGGCUUGUGUGGCAACUUCAACGGGGAGAGGCGAGAUGAAUUCCAGCUGCCUGAUGGAAGCAGUACCUCAAAUGUGACUACCUUCGGAGCAUCCUGGAAAGUGUCAGCUGAGCACCUCAGUUGUUCUGAUGACUGCGGGCAGAAUUGUCCCCUGUGCAAUGCUAUUGAGAUCAGGCCAUACCAGGUGGAGAGUUCUUGUGGGUUGAUCAAGGCCACAUCAGGCCCUUUUGAAGUCUGCCAUCGCCUGGUGAAGCCAGCUGAGUAUUUUAAUCUCUGCCUGUAUGAAAUGUGUGCUGCUCAUGGAGCCAAAGAAGCUCUUUGCCAGAGCCUCCAAGCCUAUGUAGCUGUGUGUCAAGCAGCUGGAGCCAUUAUCAAGACAUGGAGGACAGCCUCCUUCUGCCCCUUUACUUGCCCAGACAACAGCCACUACGAGCUGUGUACCAGGUCCUGUGACCUCACCUGUGCAGGCCUGUCUUCUCCCACCCAGUGUACUAAGAAAUGCUUUGAAGGCUGCCAGUGCAAUGAUGGCUAUGUUUCUGAUGGGGAAAUGUGCAUAUCCAUGGAUAACUGUGGCUGUGUACAUGAUGGGCGCUACAUGAAGGCUGAACAGAGCAUUAUCUCCAGGGAUUGUUCGGAAAAAUGCACCUGCCAUGCUUCAGGCCAGCUUGCCUGCAAUAAAACCAGCUGCCCCAAAGGGGAGGUUUGCGCACUUCAGAAUGGCAGACAUGGUUGCGUCAAGCAGGAAGCUCAAUGCAGCCUCACCUCAGAAGCACAGCUGACCACCUUUGAUGGUGUCUCCGGGACAAUACUUUAUGAUAGUGCUUAUGUGAUGGCCUCUCUCUGUGACAAAACAGCCCAGACAUGGUUCCGGCUAGUGGUGGAUCUCCAGAGCUGCAAUGGUGGUAGAUCAAACUCUGGUUCUGUGGUCUACUUCUUCUUCCAGGAGGCUCUUCUCGCUAUCAACCAGGACAAGGAAGCUUGGGUGAAUGGGCAGCAGGUGGACCUCCCAGCUUCCCUUUUUGAAACAGUGUCUGUAGGCAUCUCUGAAGAUGUUGUUACAAUUAGUCAUGGGACAGCUCUUCAGGUUCUUUUUGACCUCAAAGGAAAGGUGACCGUGAAGGUCAAAGACAGCCUGGCAGGCAAGCUGUGUGGAUCCUGCAGAAACUUCAAUGGUGACAUCUCUGAUGAUCUUGCACUACCCAAUGGUAAAGUUGUGGGAGACAUUUCUGAGGUGUUUGAUGCAUGGAAGGCCAGAGACUUCAUCAACUGCAAGCAAUAGUUCAAAAGGUCAAUCCAGACCAUCAGCCUCCAUGAGUGACCAUGGCUUACAGCUGCUUUGCGUCAUUUUGCCCUUAACGAUGCAAUGCCUUGAGAAGGCACUGUAAAAACACAAGCACAUGUCAAUAAAAGAUAUAUAUCUGUAUCUACAGAAUUGUCUCUGGAGAAGUCAUUCUGCCCACAGGGCACAUCCUUUGCACAUUUCUCAGCCUGGGGCUGGAAUCAUGUAAGGCUGAUUAUGGAUUUUUUUUUAAAAAUAAGCCAUGAUGAAGAGAUCAGUCAUGCUCCCUGGUUUACAAGGCCCUUCCCAAAAAUUGAAAUAAAGGAUUUCCUUUGGACUAGUGUUUUAAUGUCACACAGCUCAGUAAUGAAUAGCCAAGAGCAAAGGAGUCACAAUAAAGAAUUGUUGCUUGAGAGACAAUUGAUGAAGUGAAAUCUAACCUGUGUAAGUGGUUCAAUUUCUGGAACUUCUCUGUUCCUGAAACUUGUAUAUAUGCAUUGUCUUGAGUUUUUUUUUCCCUUCUCUCACUCACUCCCACAGAAACCAUUGUGACAACUUUUGGAAGAAAUAAAUGUGGCUGCUAAAUUGCUAACAUGCUAUCAUUUCACCUUCACAACUGACAGCUUUUAAAUGUUACAUAGGAAUGGUGGUUUGGAACUCGGGAAGCUUUCUCUCAUUGCAACUGCUCAGAUUUUUGCAAACCACCAGAUAAAUGGCUCAAGCACACUAGUAAUUUAUUUCCCAUUUCGAUGACGGGGCGGAUGGGGAUUUUUGUUACUCCAGCAUUUAUGAUAGUCCAGGGUGGGCGGAAC